ACGUAGACCGCUGAUAUACUGUGGGAAGUCUCAGAAGUUAGGUUAAAAAAAAAUAAUAAUAAAAAUAAAAAAUAAAAAAAAAUCUCCUCUCAAGUUAUAGACAGGGUAACGGAUUUUAGAAAUGGUUCGUCUGGCGACAAGAACAGUUCGCUGUUCUGCUGCUUGCCUGCGGUCACACAGCAUUCUGAUAUUAUGGCUAGCAUUUAUUACCAUGGUGUUUUGGACAUCAUAUAUACGCUAUAGGAAUGAUGCCAAGUACCAUUACAUUAGAGAAAUUGCAGGGAUUGGGUUCUCAAUAUCACGAGCAAUGGCUUGUGUUGUUAAUGUUAGUUCUUUUAUGGCAAUCAUACCCAUGUGUCGUUUAAUUACGUCUUAUAUACGGAGCAUUGGUUCAAAAGUGUCAGCAAAUUUUGUCACUAAAUGCAUUGAUAGUAGCAAAAAAUUUCACAUUAUAUGUGCCAUUACCAUCAUCAUUGCUGGAAGUUUGCAUUCUGUCGCUCACAUUUUCAAUGUCUUGAAUUUUUCUCUUCAUUAUAACGAUGAUUUUAAUGCUGUAAAUAUAGCAAGAUUUAAAGGACAGGAUCCGUUAUCAAUAAUCCUACAUUCAGUUGCAGGAUUGACAGGAAUAUUUAUGAUUAUUACACUUUGCAUUCUUUCAUCGGCUUCUAUGUCAUAUGUGAGAAAUGCAAGUUACGACCUAUUUUGGUUCACUCAUCAUCUGUUUUUAAUAUUCCUGGUAUUGCUUUUAUGUCAUCCAUUGAGCGGACAAUUAAAAGAACAAACAAAUCUUUUCUUGCAUCAACCUGGCUGUAACAUGAAUAAAAAUGGAUCGAACUAUAUUUAUUCAACAUCCUCAAAAGUCUUUUGUACAGAAGAUCCGAUUUUUGCAUCUCAGACAUCUGUGACUUGGAAAUGGAUAUUAGCUGGUUUGACAAUUUACAUUAUUGAUCUUAGUUUCCGUUUCUAUAAGAGAAAAGACCCAGUACAGCUUUUGGAUUUUCAAAUUUAUAAAUGUGAUAUGAUAAGCUUAAGUUUACAGAAAAGAGAUUUUACGGCAAAACCAGGGCAGUUUGUCUAUCUUCAAUGCUUGGAAAUAUCAGGAUUAGAAUGGCAUCCUUUCAGCAUUUCAAAAUGCCCUUCACUUGAGGAUACUUCAUUUACCCUUCAUCUUCGAACUCAUGGUGAUUGGGCUGAUAAACUAAGACAUCAUUUAUUUUGUGUCGCCAGUAAAAUUACUGGAAAAAAAUACGCAUUCAACAAAAUCAGAUUAAAGGACACAGAUUUAGUUUCAUUAAAUUGCAAAUUUUUUAUUGAUGGACCCUAUAGCAGCAGCUUUGAAGAAGUUUUACAUUAUUCUGUGAGCAUUUGCGUUGCAGGUGGUAUAGGAUUUACACCUUUUGCUUCUGUAUUAAGUUAUUUAAGAAUUGAUGUGAAAAGCUUAGAAAAAACCAAACGGCUGCAUUUUUUCUGGGUUUGUAGAGACCUUGAAUUAUAUAAAUGCUUUUCAACCCUCUUAUAUGAAACAUUUGAACAAGUUAGAAAUUCUAGUCCUGAUAAAUUUGAAUUUCAUUUAUACUUUACUCAGCAAGGCUCGUGGGACAUUAUUAAAGAUGCUUUAGGAGAAUCAUAUCCAUUUCUGAAGCCACGAAUCAAGCUAGGAAAACCUUGUUGGAACUUUUUAUUCGAACAGUGGGCCAUUAUUUAUAAAAAGGCUGAUAUUGGCUUGUUUUGCUGUGGACCGGAAAAUUUAGGAAAAAAUAUUCAAUAUUUCAGCCAGAAAUGGAGCAAUAAAGGUUGCCACUUCGCAUUUCAUAAUGAAACAUUUUAGUAAUUUUUUUUUUGAUAUGAGACGUAAUAAAAUGUUUUUUGCUU